AUGGUCGACGAUGUUGUCGGGGCUCUCGAGGAGCUGGUCGAGCAGCAAGCGUCCCUCGUGCGACGAAAGGCGGAAUUGCGCGAGAAAAAGGAUGGAUACUAUCGCGAGAAGCACGCAGCCCUUCAGGAGCGCAUGAAAGAAUUGGAUCAGUCCGCCCUGGAGCACCGCAAGGCGAGGCAUGCAGCUCUGCGUCGCAUGGCGGAGCUGCGAGGCAGCGAGGAAGCGUUCAAACUCAAGCGACUCGAGUACGCGAGGGAAACUUGGGAAAUAGAGCGCGGCCUACAGCUGGAGAAGAUGGCAAGACAGAUGAUGGAGAUGCAGCCAGUCAUGGAGCAGCGUCAUAAGCUCGAGGACGAGCAGAGGCUACGACUGAGACGCUUAGAUGCUAUCGAGGACGAGAAGGUCCGGCGGCGAAGAGUGAACGAGCGCCAGCUCCAAGACUCUCUCGAUCGCGCCAAGCACUUGCAGGACCACGCCGGCGAGGGUCGUUCAGAUCCGGUCGCCAGCGCCCUCGAGGCCGAUGAGAGUUUCGAGCACGCUGAAGAGGCGCCUUCCAUCGGCCGCGAUGGCGGUGCCGGCGACUCCAGCCUGGCCAAGAUUGCCGCCGAGAUCGACAUCGUUCGCCGCAGGGAGGCCCACGAGAGUGUUCGGGUGCACGAGGCGCUCCGUCGUAAGCUGAACGAGCAGAGAUUUCGUCUCGCCGGGGCGACAGAUAGCGUAGACCUCAAGAGGCAGCAGUUCUUGCGACAGUUUCUUACGCUCUGCAAGCCCAUCGCUAUUUUCAAGAAGGUAUGCGCCAAGCAAGCGGGUGGACUCAAGGCCCUAGCGCGCGAGGAGCUAGGUCCGGCGGCCUUCCAGAUUCUAACAACUCCCGCCCCGCCGGAGGUGACUUCGACGUGGAUGUCGACGGCAGUGGCGUCGAAAACCACAAAGACGCCAAAACCCAAACCGUCAAGAACGAAAGCAUCGAAAGGGAAACGCUCCGGUUCGGACGAACCAAGCCGCAGUCACGGCGACGACAACAACAACCAGGACAAGAGAGGUGAUAGGAAUGACGGCAGCAAAACUCCAAGGAGUUCCGGCUCUCCCGCUGAGAGUCCAGGAGAGGCAUCAGCGGGAGGCGGCGACGACGACACCAACGACGAACAGCGAGAGGCUAGAGAAGACGCCGGCCGCUCGGCCGCGAUCAGCGCAUUUCUGCGGGCCGCGUCGGCGGGAGGACGGGGCGCGGAUCACCCGUCCAUGGCAAGGAGCGGCGGUGGCGGAGGCGCCCGUGUCGAGAGGAAGAGGGCGCAAGCGGCAGCACCGCUUUCGACGAGCGGGAAGGCCGGUGUUUCUGCCGCUUCCGCCGGCAAGAGCAGGGCGUCGGGGAAAGGAUUUCCCGGGAGCCGUCGGAGACACCACGAUGGCGAUGCCCACGGACGGCUGUCGGUACGACAACGAAGGGGGUUGACUUCGUCAUCCACGGAGAGGGGAAAAGAGCACGGCGCCCGGAGGGGGCGGGCGGGAGAGGAUGAAGGCAGCGGCACGGGGAGUGAAGAGCAAGGUGAUGAGCAGGAUGAUAGCGAGGAAGAUAGUGGGGGGGAGAGGGAGGGGGAGGGGGAGGAGGAGGAGGAGGAGGACCAAAGCGUGGCACUAGACAUGGAAGGACUCGUGGCUGACCUGCGUGCCCGGGAGGGAGAGGCGGUGUCGCGGAUAGAGGCGCUCCGAUCGCAGGCAAAGGCCUUGGCCGAAGAGGAACAGUGGUUAGCGACAGGCUCUCUGGGCAAGGGGCACGCUUGGGAGGCAGUCUCGCGGCUUGGCGUCGACAACGAGAGGUGA